CUUAUCUUCUCCAGUUCCCUCGAGGGGCACGCAGCGCCAAGCACUGAGGCAUCCAUGGAGGUGGUGGGCGGCGUGUCGCUGAGGCCGUCGUCGGCGCGCAUCGGGCAGCUGUCGUCCGUCGACGUAGGCAGACGUUUCCUCCUUAGGGCGGCGCCGCGGAGGCAGCCGGCGAGGCGCGCGCUGGUGGUGGAGGCCCGGGGAAGGAGCUGGUCGGAACGGCAGAUGCAGCAGCAGCGCCGCGCGCCGCAGCUGCCCAAGAUCGAGGACGACGGCAACCCGCGCUUCGUCAUCUUCAUCCGCACCGCCAACGUCUACUUCUGGUACCCGCUCAACGUAGUCACCGGCGGCACGACGGCGAAGAUCAUGCUCGCGGCCAAGGACAACUUCCUCGGCAAGUAUAUCUACAAGGACACGCUCGCCAGGAACCUCGCCGCUGUCAUUUACAAAGAUGAGGAUGAGAUUAUAGACACAGCAAAAGCGCAGUACCGUGUGUUGAAGACCGAAAACGAGUUCCGAUACGGCUACAAAGUCGUGGAAAAUGGGAACAUAAGAUCUGCGCUGACGACAAGUAAUGUGAUCGAACUUCCAAAGAAAGACGAGCUCAAAACUGUGGUUGACAAGGUGAAGGACUUCUUUGGCGAUGUAACCGCUGGUGCCAAAGAAUCCUUUGCGCAGAUCACAGGGUCUGCUGUUGGCAAGGAGGCAGAGGAAGCAGAAGGGGAAGGAAAGAAGUUCGUCUCAAAGAAACGAAAGAAGCGGAAGUCAAAGCAGGGCAUCAAGACGGAGCAAUAACUCUAUCACUCAGUACACCAGGGGUCGAUAAACAAGCGAGGCAUCAGCUGUGAUUUUGCCAUGUCCCAGAGCUGCUCUGUAAUUUCUCCACCUUUAUUUUUUUUUGCAAAGAGACAAUGUGUAACCUCCUUGAUACUGACGAGUUUGAUUUCCUCUCACUAAAAUCUCACAACGUCUGUCGAAGAUUUCAGCUGUA